AAUUGAAGCCACUAAACGAUAAAUAAGCCCCCCUGACGCCAACGCACUUUUGCGCUGCUAAAAAUAGUUACUAGGGCAACACAGCUAAUUCAACAAGGAGUAGGAGGAGGAGGAGGAGGAUACCCAACCACUACGAGGAGGCACAGGACGUUAAGGAGUGCGGUUGUAUCCAUUUUUGGAGCCUGCCUGGAACAGCGUCUGUAGAAUGAGCAAUGCCACAAGCGAUGGUGGGGGAGGAGGCGAUAGAGGCUUAACCACUAGCUCACCAACGGCAACAGCACUGGCAGGAUCAACAGGAUUGGGAACACCAGCAGCAACAGCAGCAGCGACAACCGGAUCCGGGUCAAAUCGUCGCCUAAGCAGCUCAACACGCUCAUCUGGAGGAGCUAAUGGAGCCAUGGGCAAUGUAGUUGGAUGGCUGAAGCAGGCCUCCAUUGAAGUGCGCGACGCCGGGACUCGCACAUUGUCUAUGCUCCAGAGCAGUAAUCCGAAUUUUCGAUCAUUGGAUUUAUCGACCCUGGCCACGCCGUCCACCGCCGCUGGAGGUAUUACAGCAGCAGCAGAGGGAGUUACCUCUGCUAUACCAUCAACAUCAACGCCACCUUCAUUGAGUGGUUCCUCAAUACUCGCCGAUCAAGAGGAAGAUCCCUAUGAUAGCAAAUCAUUGACACCCCAAGACGCUCGCGAUCUAUUGACACGACCGACACGCGCUUACGCCUCGGUUAGUCAACCACAAAGUCCGCGACAUCGCGGUGGAUCACGAGGCAGUAGUGUUUCCGGCUUUUUACCCGGCUUAAACGGUCGCUCCACUUCGAUAUCCUCUCAGUUGGAGAAAACUAAGAAAUUGCUCAAAAUGACAGAGGGCGAGGAUAAACCAUUAACGAUUCUACACUACAACGAUGUCUAUAACAUUGAGUCCAUGGCCGAGACAGAGCCAAUUGGUGGAGCAGCUCGUUUUGCCACCGCCAUCAAAAGCUAUGGCCAUCUGAAUCCUUUAGUGCUCUUCAGUGGGGAUGCCUUUUCUCCCAGCAUGUUGAGUACUUUUACCCAAGGUGAACAAAUGAUUCCCGUCCUAAAUACAGUGGGUACCCAUUGCGCUGUCUUUGGCAAUCAUGAUUUUGAUCACGGUCUCGAUGUACUGGUGGAAUUGAUAAAGAAGACAACUUUUCCCUGGCUUAUGUCCAAUGUGGUGGACAAUGAAACCGGUCGUCCCCUUGGUGGUGGCAAAAUCUCUCAUUUCAUUUUGCAUCAGCAAAUCUCAAUUGGUCUUAUUGGUCUCGUUGAGAGGGAAUGGCUGGAAACAUUGCCAACCAUAGAUCCCAAUGAGGUUACCUAUAUCGAUUAUGUAGAGGCGGGCAAUCGUCUGGCCCGGGAACUAAGAAACGAAGGCUGUGAUCUGAUCAUUGCCUUAACCCACAUGCGUACACCCAACGAUAUUAAUUUAGCUGAGAAAUGUAAUGGUAUUGACAUCAUCCUCGGUGGACAUGAUCAUGUGAGGGAAGUCACCGAGAUUAAUGGUAAAAUGAUUGUUAAAUCUGGUACAGAUUUUCAACAAUUUUCGGUUAUAACAAUGGAAAGAGAUAAAACCAAUCGAGAGCAUUUUAAUACGGAUGUCAAGUGUGUGGAUGUUACGGCCAAAAUACCCGAGGAUAAGGAUCUUAAAAUGGAGCUGGAUAAAUAUGCCAAAUUCAUCGAAAGUAAACUAUCCGAUGUUAUGGGUGUAUUUAGUGUGGAACUAGAUGGUCGAUUCUCCAAGGUUCGCACUCAGGAGACAAAUUUGGGCAAUUGGGUUUGUGAUGUGGUCCUAGCAGCUGUCGGAGCUGAUGUGGUCAUACUAAAUGGUGGCACUUUUCGUUCGGAUCGCGUGCAUCCAGUUGGUGCUUUUACCAUGGGUGAUCUUGUCAAUGUGAUACCCAUGCGGGAUCCAUUGAUACUACUGGAAGUAAGUGGACAAGUUCUUUGGCAGGCUUUGGAGAAUGGCGUGUCAUCGUAUCCCAAAUUGGAGGGUCGUUUCCCACAAGUAGCUGGCAUUAGCUUUGCCUUUGAUCCCGAGGCCAAGCCAGGCAAACGUAUUGAUCCGCAACUCAUUCAAGUGGGUGACGAAUAUCUGAAACUGGAACAAACAUACAAAUUGUGCGUCAAGAGUUAUCUUUAUAUGGGUUGCGAUGGCUACACAAUGUUUAAAGAUGCCCGAGUUUUGAUGGAUGAUGAUGCCUGUCCGGAGUUGGGUAUAACACUACAGAAUCACUUCAAGGCAAUCAAUUCCCGUAAAUGUGGCCAAAAUACUAAGCAUCGUCAAUCGUUGGUCACUUUAUCCAGGCGACACAGUUUAGUUCAGUGUCUGGAUAAUCUAGACUUGGAUGGUCCCUCGCCCAUACGUAAGCUCAGUAUGGGUGGCGGUCAUCAUAAUAAGUCCUUAGAUCUAACACACGGCAACUCGCAAAAGAUGCUACGGCGAGCUUCCCUAGAUGAUUUGGAACAAUCCACCUGCGAUUUGGCACCACAACUGGAACAUCGCAUUAUUAUGAUACAAAAUGAAGAGCACCAUCGACAACUUCUGUUUAAAAAGGAAACUCACAUAAUGAACUCCACCAUUAACGAAGAGGACGAGUAAAGAGCUUCCAGUUAUAGCUUUUCUGUUUUUUUUUUUUGUUUAGUUAAGCCAAUAUUUUGCAUUUACAUUU